GCUCUCGGUUCUGAAAUGGAUUUGGGAUCCAGGACGGAGAAAAAUGAUCAAUUCUCACAGAAGCUGGGCAAAAAGGCUGUGGACAAGUGUCUAGACUUGAAUAACUGUGGACUGACAGCGGCAGAUAUCGGGGAAGUAGGAGAAGCACUUGAAGCUACACCUGAACUUGAAGAGCUGAAUUUGUCCUGGAAUAGUAAAGUGGGAGGAAACUUGCCUCUGGUUCUCCACAGUUUCCAAAAAGGGAGUAAGAUACAGAAGCUUGAGCUUGUGGAUUGUGCCCUUACGUCAGAAGAUGGAGCAUUUGUGGGUCAACUGCUACCGAAGCUGCAAAACCUGGAAGUACUUGACCUUUCCAUUAACGGAAGCAUCGGUGACAGUCUAGACAGUGUUGCUCAGGGUUUAAAAAGCACCUCAAACUUGAAAGUAUUGAAGUUACAUUCCUGUGGAUUAUCACAAAAGAGUGCCAAAAUAUUGGAAGCUGCUUUUUGCUACCUGGGUGAGCUGAGGAAAUUAGACCUCUCCUGCAAUAAGGAGCUGGGUGGAGGGUUUGAAGACACGCCUGCUCAGUUGGCCAUGCUAACACAUCUGGAAGUCCUAGAUCUUCACCAGUGCUCACUAACAACCAACGAUGUGGUGUCACUGACCCAGGUUAUCCCUUUACUUUCGAAUCUUCAAGAACUGGAUUUAUCAGCCAACAAAAAGAUGGGCUGCUCUUCUGACAACCUACUCAGCAGGCUCCGAUUUUUACCUGCAUUGAAGUCAUUGCUAAUCAACAACUGUGCUUUGGAGAGAGACACUUUCACAGCUCUUGCUGAAGCCUCCAUUCACUUCCCUGCUCUGGAAAUAGUCAACCUUUCUUGGAAUAAGUGUGUUGGUGGCAACCUGAAACUGCUUCUGGAAACACUAAAGCUGUCAACAUCUCUUCAAGUGCUAAGGCUGAGCAGCUGUUCCCUGGUGACAGAGGAUGUGGCUCUCCUCG